AUGCUUGAUAUUUAUAUUCUCAUGAAUACUUUGCAUCAGAUUGAUUGCGGUUCAGAAUGGAUAAAUUGCAAAGUUGGUGCACAGGAUCAAAACCAAAAUGAAGCACGGUGCAGUUACCUAAGCGGUUGCGCUCGAACCGGCGCUGCAGAGAUAGCAUUUGGGAUCGACGUGGGACCAUCGCGAACUGCAGUUAUGGGUGCUCCCGGCAAGGCUCCCAUCUCGAUCCUAACCGCUGCGCUCCAUCGUGUCGCUUCUAGCGAAGCCACUGACGCAAUUGCACCGUGCUUCAUGUUGCUUUGGCCCGACUAUAGCACGCUCCUUAACAAUAUCCAGACAUCAGUACUUAAGGAUACUGCGCAGUGCGUAGAUCUCAUUCGCCUUUGGCGACACUCUGUAAAAAUGCGAGUGUUUACCAAUCCCGAGGAUAUCGAGCCCUCGCAAGGAGAGAGCAGGAGUUCGAUGGGAUAUGCAUGGGAUCAAAGACCUCGAACAAUUUUCAGACAUUUGAUAAAGACGAAGUUGUCGCAACGUCACGGCAUAAAUCAUACCAUCGAUUGGAAGAUCUUAUCCAGAUAUCGUCAUCAUACUCGUAAAGCAAGUGAAAUGCUACGGACUCUUCGCGGGCAUACAGGUGUAGUUGUGUCUUAUUGA